UUCGCCGCCCUCCUCCCCCAGUUUUGCCCUCUCUCUGAAAUUAAACGUCUUUGCUGAUGAAACAAAGUAAGCAAAAGUUUUCGAUCAAAGGACGAGAGAAGCCGAGACGACGGCUUUGCAAUGUGGGCCUCAUGCUGCAACUGGUUCUGUGUGGACAACCAGACCAUGGAUGAACCUGAACAUAAUCCUAGAAGGCAGGCAUACACUAAUGCAGGCUACAACUCUCAGUCAUCUCCAUCUGGAUUAGGGGACACAUGCAGAGCUUGCGGUUCCCGAUUUGAAAAUCCACUGAGAAAGCAUGUAUGUGUGGACUGUAAGAAGGAUUUCUGCACAGCCUGCUCCGUCCAACCUGAGAACAGUCCCAAAAUGUGCCACACUUGUCAGAGAUUCCGUGCCACUGACUUUGAACGAGGAGAGCUAAUGAAACUGAAAGUGAAAGACUUGCGUGAUUAUCUCCAACUACAUGAGAUUUCAAUGGAGAUGUGCAGGGAGAAGUCGGACCUGGUGGACCUAGUGCUGGGACAGCGACCUCCGACUGCCCCAACCCAUCAUGUGCAUAUUCCUGUUUAUAGAAUGGACAAUCCUGAGCAGCAGUACUUCAUUCCAAAUACACACAUGGGGACAACAGCAUCUACCUCACGGGAUGAUCCACCGCCAUAUGGAGCAAACAGCCCAGAACGGUCUCGGCAAGCAAACUUGUUGAACACCGAAAUGUCAGUAGAGAAUCAGAAUGAGUCUGUGUCACAAAUGGAGGAUGAGACUGAGCUCAUGUUGCCAUUAGGCCGUACGUGGUUGACAAACCACGGUGUACAGGGGACAGCUGAUGUAACAGUGCAGAAGCAGCUACAGAAGCCAUUCUAA